UACAACCCUAACAUACAGGUAUGCUUCAGUUACUGUCGCCUGUGUUCAUUCUCUGUUUCGUAUGUUUGGUAAAUGGCCAAGUAACUCUUGAAUCUUGUCGUAUGGAAUGCGGUCACGUCCUUGGAGCUCAAACUACGAAAGGCGCUUUUGUGCAAGCUGGCCCACCGGGUAAAAAAGGUCCGACUGGACCUGCAGGCCCAAAGGGACAAAAGGGCGACGAAGGGCAACUAUGCACCGGCUGUGGCGAAGAAAGCGAAGUUCGUCAACUUCGAGAAGAAGUAAACAAUAUAAAACGAUUGCUGAUGCCACGCUCAUGCCAGGAUGUCUCAACAAGGAAACCGAUCUGGUCGAAAGGCGGAGUUUACACCAUAUACCCUUAUCCUGGUUCACAAGUUGGCGUUCAAGUUUAUUGCGAUUUAGUAACUGAUGGUGGUGGCUGGGUGGUAUUUCAAAGACGUCAAGACGGCUCAGAAAACUUUUUUAGGGGUUGGAACGAUUAUCUUUCCGGUUUUGGUAACUUAGAAGGCGAAUUUUGGCUUGGCUUGAAUUUGAUUCACAAUUUAACUGCCAAUAAUGAAUACGAAAUGAGAGUCGACUUGGAAGAUUUUGACGGUAAUAGAAGUCAUGCAGUAUACAGCAAUUUCGUUGUGUCGGGGGCGCCUUUGUAUGCACUUGCUGUAUCUGGCUACAGUGGUAAUGCAGGUUCGGCCAUUGCAUCAGGGAGUUUUUCUACUAAGGAUCGUGACCAAGAUAGCUAUGCUAGAGGAAAUUGCGCAGAGAGCUACAAGGGUGGAUGGUGGUACACUGCAUGUCAUUCCGCUAACUUAAACGGCCUCUACCUAAACGGACAUCAUGAUUCGUAUGCGAAUGGAGUGAACUGGCAACCGUGGCGAGGCUACCAUUACUCUUUGAAGAUUUCGGAAAUGAAGUUGCGAAAAAAAUGACAAUCUGUGCCCUUUUAUGUAACACGUCAUCUUGUACAUUGCUUCAAUCAUUUUAGACAAACAGAAAAAGACCAAUCCCCAAAAAAUAACAAUCCCACUCGAAGUUCCUUAUUUCGUAACUCGUAUCGUGCCCGCGAGUCAAAUGCCCUGCUUGUAUUUUAAGAGCGCCGCAAAAAAAUUAACUCAUUUAGUGUUACGCCACAUUUCUUCUAUGGGUGACUAUUGAAUAUGCGACUUGUCUAUCACAUGAGUGGCUAAGGCAUUUCAAGACAGUCUUGAUUGUGAAGAGAGAACGCAUAGGGAGUCCUCUAUCAGCCGUGAUUAUGUCACUGUUAAUAAAACUGUAUCUUUCCUGA